AGAGAGAGAGAGAGAGAGAGAGAGAGAGAGAGAGAGAGAGAGAGAUCAUGUUGGCUUCUAUUAAGAGGAUCGAGAGACGAAAGUUUCACUGCUGUAAAUUGAAUGCGUCGCUUUGAACUGCGAUAGUCAACGCGUCUGUGUUUUCUCUGAGGGAACAAGAGUUUUGCUGUCACCUUCACGAGAAACGGAUUAUAAAAGCAGCGGCAGAUAAUUACAAGGGAUUAUGACUCCAGAUGACGUCCUCACCUUUGAUUCUUAGUCCUUCCCAUCGGUUUUGAGAAUGAAAGCAUAUUUGAUGGGGCCAUUGAGGCUCACUCUUCUAGUUCUGCUGAGCGGUGUGUCCUUUGGAGUGGUUGAACUAGAGCCUCUCCAUAAGAAGCAACCUCAGUCUCUCAGUCCCCAUAUUCCUCAACAGAACAUCACCCUGGCUGUCAUCCUACCUUUACACAACACAGAGUACCCCUGGGCUUGGCCCCGGGUGGGCCCUUCCUUGCUCUGGGCUCUGAAUAGGGUAAACUCUGACCCCAACCUUCUGCCCGGUUACCAUCUACAGGUGGUGUUCAACAGCAGCGAGGACAAGGAAGGAGUUUGCUCAGAUUCAGUAGCUCCUCUCAUGGCCGUGGACCUUAAGUUCUCAUGUAACCCCUGGGCUUUCUUUGGACCUGGUUGUGACUACUCGUCCUCACCCGUUGCUCGUUUCACCACGCACUGGGAAGUUCCGAUGAUCACGGCUGGGGCGAGGGCGCUGGGCUUUAAUCUGUACUCAUCCAUCACCAACAUUGGCCCCACGCACAAGAAACUGGGCGAGUUUGUGGUGAGGAUGCACCAGCAUUUCGGCUGGCACAAACAUGCUAUGCUCAUGUUUAGUGAUAAUAAGAAUGAUGACCGGCCAUGUUACUUUGCCGUGGAGGGGCCCUACACGGAGUUGCGCAAUGACAACAUCACGGUAGACGACUUGGUGUUUAAUGAGGACGACGAACCGGUCCAGUAUGGAGUACUUCUCCAGCACGUCAGCCAGAAAGCUCGCAUUGUGUAUGUAUGCUGCAAGUGGGAAACGUUCCGUAAGCUGAUGGUGGAGUUCUGGAGGUUGGGGUUUCCUCAGGAGGAGUACGCCUUCUUCUAUGUCGAUCUGUUUGGAUACAGUCUGCAGAGCCACCCUGCCAAACCAUGGGCUCGAGGAGAUGCUGAUGAUAACGCAGCCAAGGAGGCAUUUAAAAGCGUGAAGAUCUUGACCUACAGAGAGCCUCAGAACCCCGAAUACAAGCACUUUGUGUCCAGACUGAAGACAGAUGCCAUGGACAUGUUUAACUUCAGCGUGGAAGAUUCUCUGAUGAAUCUGAUUUCCGGAGCAUUCCAUGAUGGAAUCAUGCUGUAUUCUCAUGCCCUAAACGAGACGCUGGAUUAUUUGGGUGUGCGGCCCCCAGGGGAUGUGGUCACUAAGAGGAUGUGGAAUCGCACCUACCAUGGGGUCACUGGACUCGUUCAGCUAGAUGAGAAUGGCGACCGGGAAAUUGACUUUGCUCUGUGGGACUUGACUGACACUGAUACAGGAGUUUAUCAGAUUGUGUCUGUGUAUAACGGCAGUCAGAAGCAGAUGAUUCCAGAGCCAGGUAUGAAGGUGCACUGGCUGAAAGGGAGUCCUCCUCCUGAUAAGCCUCUAUGCGGCUUCAAAUACGACAACCCCGCCUGCAUGGCAAAGACGGUCACCAUGCACCAGAUGAUCUCCAUAGUGGUGUGCUUCAUUUUCAUCAUCAUUGUGACGGUCACGGUCUUCAUCUACAGGAAGCUGAAGCUGGAGAACGAACUGGCCGCUCAGCUGUGGCGUGUGCACUGGGAGGACAUCCAGAUGAGUAACAUGGAAAAGGUGUUACGUAGGGCCUGCAGCAGACUCACCAUGUCAUUGAGAGGAUCUAACUAUGGCUCUCUACUGACCAUGGAUGGAAACUUCCAGAUAUAUGCCAAGACUGGAUACUAUAAGGGAAACAUUACAACCAUUAAGUAUGUCAACAAAAAACGCAUCGAGCUCACCAGGAAAGUGCUGUUUGAACUCAAACAUAUACGUGAUGUUCAGAACGAGCAUCUGACUCACUUUAUCGGCGCCUGUAUUGAUCCACCCAACAUCUGCAUCCUUACUGAGUACUGCCCGCGAGGCAGCCUGCAGGACCUCAUGGAGAGUGAAGGGAUCACGCUGGACUGGAUGUUUCGGUAUUCUCUGAUCAAUGACAUUGUUAGGGGAAUGGUGUUCCUUCACAACAGCGUGAUAGUCUCCCACGGCAACCUGAAGUCUUCCAAUUGCGUGGUGGACAGCCGCUUUGUGCUAAAAAUUACAGAUUAUGGUCUGGAAAGUUUCCGCAAGGAAAGCUGUUUAGAGGACACACAUGCUUUCUAUGCACGCAAGCUAUGGACGGCCCCGGAGCUUCUGCGUGCCGAUAACCCACCUCCAUGCGGGACACAAAAGGGAGAUGUUUACAGCUUUGGAAUCAUCCUGCAGGAACUGGCCCUUCUGAAGGGCGUCUUCUACCUGGAAGGCCCUUUUCUCAGCCCUAAAGAAAUCAUAGAGUGUGUGGUGGAGGGCCGGUGGCCAUACUUGCGUCCGCUGCUGUGUCCUCAAAGUCACAGUGAUGAGAUAGGUCAGCUCAUGCAGCGCUGCUGGUCAGAAGACUUCAAUGAGAGACCGGACUUCAGCCAGAUUAAAGUUCUGCUCCUCAAGAAUAACCGUGGAUAUGGCUCCAAUAUCCUGGAUAACCUGCUGUCCCGCAUGGAACAGUAUGCCAAUAACCUGGAGGAGCUGGUGGAGGAGAGAACGCAAGCGUACCAUGAGGAGAAACGUAAAGCUGAAGCUCUGCUCUAUCAGAUUCUGCCACACUCAGUGGCGGAGCAGCUGAAACGAGGUGAGAUGGUGCAGGCAGAAGCCUUUGACUCAGUCACCAUCUACUUCAGUGACAUUGUGGGCUUCACCGCAUUAUCAGCCGAGAGCACGCCAAUGCAGGUGGUGACGUUGCUGAAUGAUCUUUACACUUGCUUUGAUGCAAUCAUUGACAAUUUUGACGUUUACAAGGUGGAGACCAUUGGUGAUGCGUACAUGGUAGUAUCAGGUCUUCCCGUGAGGAAUGGCAAACUGCACUCCCGAGAGAUCGCACGCAUGUCUCUGGCUCUACUAGAGGCUGUUCACUCCUUUCGAAUCCGUCACCGUCCAAACCAACAGCUGCGUCUACGCAUAGGCAUCCACAGUGGCCCCGUGUGUGCAGGGGUGGUUGGUUUGAAGAUGCCACGCUAUUGUUUGUUUGGAGAUACAGUCAACACUGCUUCACGCAUGGAGUCCAAUGGAGAAGCCCUGAAGAUCCAUGUGUCAGAAGCCACACAGGCCAUACUAGAGGAGUUCAACUGCUUCCAGCUAGAGCUCAGAGGAGAUGUGGAGAUGAAGGGGAAAGGACGGAUGAGGACGUACUGGCUGCUAGGAGAGAUCACCUCCAACAAUGCCUAGACAACAAUAACAGAGAAAGAUAGAGAGACAACGCUCAUCAGAUAAGAGAGAACAAAACAAAUACAUCUAAACAACAGAGUAUUGGAGCUGUGUGAUGACAGAAGGGCAGUUUUCAAUUGCUAAUCUCCCAGAGCUUCAGGUUAUUGCCUCCCACUACAACUGAUUUUGCCAAGUACAUGCAAAAGACACAAAAACAAUACUUAAGUAGGAUUGUUUGGACAAGCAAAUGGAAGAUGACAUAAUAGAUCAUCAGAUCAGUGACUGUUCAGCCGAGUGAUUGAGCACAGGGCCAUCUGCUGGUGUGACAUCAUACAUGAAGUCUAAAGUUUACAGGUCUUCUAAGAGUUUUGAAUUUCAUUUGUCGUUACCAGUGGCGUCUCAGGGUCAUUAUUUAGUGUGGGACACAAACAAUCACUUAACAAUCAAUUAUUUGACCGAUCUUUGAAACAUUGACGAAUAAUUUCAAAUUCAUUUUGACAGAUAAAAAAGAAACAAAAAAAAACAUUUUAACCUAGUGCAUCAGUUUUGACUUCACUCUUUGUCCCUCACAUUCCCGCUGUGCAUGUUCCCUGUUUAUUCCCUGGUAUUAAUACACAUAUUAGAUGCAUAUUAACUGGCACCAUCAUCAUUUACACCUGGUAUUGUGCGUCUCUUUUGUGUUUAGAUUUUGAGUAGAGGGUGUCUGAUUUCAUGACUGCAUACAUCAAUCAUUACUUCAGCGUGUUAAUGUAUGAUAAUAAAUUGCAAACUGCAUAAUAACAAAAAGAAAACACAAAUAAAAGUAGUGCAUAAUUUCAGCCAAUUAUGCAUGCAUUUAACAAGAGCAAACAUCACGUUUAGAGCAGAAUUGUCUGUUAUUUUAGUGGUGCAACUGUGUUAAUUGUGUUUCACAGAUGUGCUUCUCAUGUUACACUUUGUUUAAAUCAGGGACUAUGAAGAUUUGUGAACUUGUGCAUGUGUUUAAAAAAAAGUUUAAAAACCUCGUUUUAGUGCAGCGGUUGAUUGACAGGUAGAAGUUUCACACUAGAACUCAUUGGUUUCACCGGAUUUAAACAAGGGAGUCAAAAAAUCUAUCAUCUGAUCUACUGUCAUUUAUGUGCCAUUAUAAUAGAUAUUACGCCCAUCAAUGCCCUAGUACUUAUAAAAUGAAAACAAGUAUGACUGAUAAAAAUAGACCAUGACAGAAAUGUUACAGAUAGUGACGAAUAAAGACAUUUUUGGGGGCAACCUCUGAUCAUGAUGCCACACAAACAUCCCUAAUAAUUUAAUCUCAGCACAAAACCCCACUAAGACGCGCACAUCCAUGUCAAAAAGCUCAAGUGUCCGUGAAAGUAAACCACAAAUAGGCAAGUCGUCAAAGGUUGUGCAUAUUAUCUCACUAACUCAAAUAGCAUAACAAAACUAAUCAAAAUGACAGACUCCCAAUAUUUAGCAGUCAUUGAUAUCUAAUACAAACCAAUGCAUCAACAACACAACAGCUCAACGCAAUGGCAUACAGUUCAAUUAAAUGAUGAAUGGUGCUUAACUAAUCCAACCAACAUCACAUUAGAAAAAAAAUAGUUUUUAAAACUUACCAAUUAAGUUUAUUACACAGGUCUGCAGUCAAGAGGGGUAACUUCCGAUGUUUAUGUCAACAGCUGACAUAAUUAUGAUCAAAGCUUUUGAUUGGCUCAGGGGCAAAGGCAAACUAGCCCCUCAGGCCAACGUUGAACGUUCUCCAGAUCUCCGUUGAUUAACAUUGAGGAUGAAGGGCUAGCCCCACGCAUAGCAAAUGAGAACGAUUAAAUGGCUUUUACGCAACAUACCUUAAUAAUAAUAGAAUUUCUCAAAAGAAUAUAUACUUUUUUAUUGUAUAAUGGACAUAAAACACGUUUAAAUUGCGGAUCAUAAAUUUAUGAUGAUGCCAUGAAAUUUGCACAACAGCGCCACCUCUGGUGGGACUUACCUCACUUGUCCCUAAUUUAGAGAAACUGCUGGUCGUUACACUUACUGUGAUGAUAAGUCUUUGUUCAGAGUUUUUAAAGCCAGCUGUCAGGUAUAGUUUUGGCCUGUUUGUGGAUUUGUUGUUUAUGUUGUUUCUGUUACAGAGACACAGUGCUGUAGUCCAUAUAGAUUUUCUGGACACUUUUCAUUAGGUGUCUUUAACUACUAUGUACUUAAGAAUUUGAUACAAUGUACUUAUUAUGUACAUACAUGUUAUUACAUUGUACUUACAUCUAAAGUACUUGUAUAUAAUUACAUUUGUAGUUACACUGUUAACCUUGCCUCUAACCCUAACCCUAAUAUAACCCCUAACCCUAAACCUAACUGUACUUCAACCUCAAUAGCAGCAAAUGUGAAUUUUCCAGAACAACAUGUAGUUACACAAUAAGUACAUUGUAUUGUAUGUAUUUAAUGUUAGUACAUAAUAAUUAAAGACACCUAAUAUAAAGUGGACUGUUUUUCUAGCUAUGAAAAAUAUUCUCCAGAGUCAAGACCUCCUGGGAUAUAAGCAAAUUUAAAACCUCACAGUAAUGAAAUGAUUAGUUGGGUCUUUUAUCUGCCACUUUGAAUCCACAGUUAUUUGAGAGAUUAUGAACCACUCAUUCACAUAAGAAAAAUAAUAAUAAAUGUCAAGUAUGAUUAAGAAAGCAUAGAAAUUACAUAAGUUAAUGGUGCUAUAUGUAAGAUUGACAACAAGCGUUUGAAAUGAGUACUGCCGUCCAAAUUCAAAAUAUGGGAGAGUUGUCUGCCCCACCCCAGACUCGAAGCUCAUCCGGGUUGCCAGAAUGUUGACACGCAAAUUAGCCAACUCAGCAUCAGUUUUAAAGGAUUUCUUGGCUUUAAGCUGUCUCCAUCUUCCAAAGGCAUCUCCAAUAUUUAUCCUUAUUUUACUACAUCUCUGGCCAUGGUGGUUUUUAGACGGAUGGUGAGGCUUUUUAGGUCGAGUGGAAUCUGUUAUCUGUGAUCCAGUUUGUUUGCUGGCUUCCAUGGAUGCAGCACGCAGUGUUGUUUGCCUGCAAACUUGUUCAAAUCUGGCAACCCGGCGGUGUCGAAAUACUAUUGGUGAGUGGGCAGUGGGCGGAAUCACACAGGACAAAACAUAAACAGAAAUUCCGUCCCGGAAUGGAAACUUCAAAGUAGAACAUACUGGCUGUAGCAUUGUUAUCAGAGAAGCCAGUAUUUCAACUUAGAAUAUUUCCUAAUUCUCUAAUGACAUAUUAUGGUCAUUUUAUGAUUUAGUACAGUAAAAAUAUUACAUAUAGCACCUUAAAUGAUGGGUUUUGUUCUCAGAACACAAGAUUUCCCUGCAGAACUUUCAGUUGAGAGGUAUUCUUAUUUUGUUAAUUUCACUGCAGAAUUUACUUUCCACAUAAAGACAACAUGAAAUGGCAUUCACCAACACAUUUAUCAUUUGUAAUGUGACUUACAGUGGCCCCAAAAGGUAUUUGGACAUUGUAGCCAUGCUUAAAAUAAAUGCAUUUUGUUGCAUUGGAUAACAAAACAUUAAAUAAAUCAGAUUUUAGUGGAUGUAUGAUGUCAGUUCCCCUUAAAUUCAUACAGGUGUUCUACCAGAGUAACCACAGGUGUAGGUCAUCACAUUAACUAUGAACAUGUUCUACUAACGUUUCCAAAUACCUUUUGUCUUCAUUUUAAUAUUGCUUUUUUAUAUUUGUUUUGUAUAUAUUGUUUUAUGUUUUGUAAAAUGUGUGUGCCAUCUUUCUUUAAAAUAAAUUUCAUUUGGUUAUCAUUCACACAUUUUUAAGUGCAACUUCCGUGUCCAGUUUGUUUUUUGGGCCACAGUAUUUUAGAGUGAAUCUGAGUAUUUGCUUUUAAAUUGUUGGUUAAACAACAUAGCAACCUAAAGAAAAGUAAUUUAAGUGGCAGAGCAAGUUAUUACCAGUGUUGGCUAAAUUACUCCAAAAAGUAACUCACUACAAGAGAUUAAUUACUUCUGUAAAAUAAAAAAAUAAAAAAUUGUAAUCAGAAUAUUCUACUGAUUACUUCCUUGAAAAGCAAUCACAUAACUAAGUACUUAACUGCUUUUAAAUUACUUUCUAAAACGCUUCACAGAACGUUUUGUU